AUGCAUCAUGGGAAGCGCUGCUUUUUCUUUAGCACCUGCUUUAUUCUUAAAAUGCGCAAAAAAUGAUACUCGUAAUGCUAGGAUGUCCUUAAAUUCUCCUAUUUUCAUCUAAAUAUAUAUUUUUUUCGAAUCGGUUGUGAUCAUCCAAUCAGCGUUUAGUGCCGCUGCCGUUGCCUAGUGUUGUAAGCAAGCGGGAAGUAUGGCGGCGGCAGCAGUUGCGGGGACAUCAACGAAGAAGACUGAGACCGUCAAAACAGCCAUGGGCGGUUCAUUAAUUAAUUGGUCAGGUCAAGGCUUACAAAAAUUGGGGCCAGCAUUAUCCUGUGAUGCAGAAACACAUACUUUGAUUCUGGAUAAAAACCAGUUAACUAAAUUGGAACAUCUCGAGAACUGCAAGAAUCUGAUGCAGUUGUCAGUAGCCAACAAUCGGUUGGUGCGGAUGAUGGGUGUAGCGAAAUUAACUCAGCUUCGAGUAUUAAAUCUCCCUCACAACAGUAUUGGCUAUGUAGAAGGGUUGAAGGACCUGGUGCACUUGGAAUGGCUGAAUCUGGCAGGAAAUAACUUAAAGACUAUAGAUCAGAUCAACAGCUGUACAUCUCUUCAACAUCUUGAUUUGUCAGACAACAAUAUAUCUCAAAUAGGAGACAUUUCCAAGCUGUUAUCUUUAAAGACUCUGCUGCUGCAUGGAAAUAUUAUAACGUCAUUGCGUACAACACCUGCAUGUUUACCUCAAGGUUUAGCUAUUCUUUCAUUGGCAGAAAAUGAAAUCAGAGACUUGAAUGAGAUUUCUUUCUUGGCAUCUCUUCCUGAGCUGGAACAAUUGUCAAUUAUGAACAAUCCUUGUGUGAUGGCCACACCUUCCAUCCCAGGGUUUGAUUAUCGUCCAUAUAUUGUCAGUUGGUGCCUCAGUCUUAAAGUCCUCGAUGGCUAUGUGAUUUCACAGAAAGAGAGCUUGAAAGCAGAAUGGCUUUACAGUCAAGGAAAGGGAAGAUCAUUUCGGCCAGGCCAGCACAUCCAGUUAGUACAGUAUCUGGCCAGUGUUUGUCCUCUUACAAAUAUGCUUGGGCUUCAAACAGCAGAGGAUGCCAAACUGGAAAAAAUACUGCAUAAGCAAAGGUUGCAUCAGAGGCAACUGAUGUACCAAAAUCAAGCUGAUGAGCAACCUGUAUCAUCAACUGUGCCUAAAGAGCUGUCUGUUAGAAGUGAGCCAAACAGCCCUGUCCAUGGGUCACAAAUAAUGACUGGAAGUGAACGUGUUAUCAAGAAAAAUACCUGGGUUAUGACAAAACCCAAUGAUGACCAUUCUUGUGCAGUUAAGGAUAUUUGUCCAGCUUCCGUGCAAGCUGAAAGUACUUCUAAGGAUCUUUUUCUGGAUGACAUACAAACUGAUGAGGACAAGUUGAACAGUAGUCUUCUGUCCUCAGAAUCUACUUUUAUGCCUGUUGCUUCUGGGCUCUCUCCAAUGUCUCCAAAUGCUGCAGAGCUCAGGUUUCAUGGAAUUUGUAUUGAUGUAGAAGAGAUGGAGGGUGUUGGGGCUAAUAAAGAAGAUGAAGAAAGACAGGAAAAUACUUCUAUGGUUUUUGGAGGGCAUGCUAUCCAGUCAGCAGUGGGUGGGAAAAUUCAAAAAGAAGAGCAAGAGGAACGGCUAUUUUUCACUUCUAAUUUAUCAGGACCUACUACUGUUGCUCUACCUGCCUGUAUUAGCAGUUUCCAUACAUCUUCUGAAGACCAUUCUGAAUCCAGUAACUUCAAACAGUCACAGACACCUGAUGAGAAAUUAAUCAGAACUGCUCCCCCUGCCAGAUCUCUGGAAGAACAAUCCACUGAUACAUCUGUUACUUUAAUCCAAAAGGAAGAUGUACAUAAAGAAAGAAACAGAGCAGCCACCAAGCUGCAAGCUUGUUGGAGAGGAUUUUACACAAGGAACUACCAUCCUAAAGCUAAGGAAGUCCGUUAUGAAAUUCGACUUCGCAGAAUGCAGGAUCAUAUUAAACAUUUAACUGAUGAAGUAAAAAAAUUAAGGAAAGAAAAGGAUGAAGAAAAGCUUCAACGACUUGUGCAAGAAGAAGCUGUGAAAUUCCUUUGGGACCAGGUUAGAUCUAUCCAGGAAUGGCAGCUUUCAAUAAACCCACAUCUGUCUACCAUCUGUCAACAUGUAACUCCUACAUCAAGUAUUUUAGAUUGCACUGAUCUACCUGUGAAGUCAUCUGGGUCAAAUAAAAUACAUUCUCCUGUUGAUAGUUCAACAUGGUUAAUUUCAGCUGCUGAGGCAUGUCAUCGGAAUCAUUUACCAGAAUUUCCUGAUUCAGGCUUCCAUUCCUGUGUGACUGAUCAAAAUUGCCUUAAUGAAUCACAGGGCUCUGAAGAAAAAUCGGUAGAAGUAACUGAGAGUGCUCUAGGGAAUCCUUUGGAAACAGUCAGACAAUGUGAAGAUCCUUCAGGGUGCCGUUCUAAAGCUGAGGAGGUCCAACUGUACCAUGGGGAAUAUAGUAAAGACAGCUUCAGCAGUGAUCAGGAUAGUAGUCUUCUCCAGCAGUAUUUAAAAUCUGUUGAGCAGCUAGAUGAAGCACAUAGUAAGACCAAUUGUAACAGUGGGACAGAAAGUAGUAGGCCCCAUACAGUUGCUUCAUCAGAAGACCAGGAAGACUUAUGCAGUGCUGUAUCAAGCUCUCAAGAGCUACUUCCGUCAGCUCAAGAUAGAAUUGGUCAUACCACAGAAAUGUGCAAUUUGAAUGAAGAAACUGCAGAAGGAAAACAGACAGACUGUGAUUCUUCAUUCCAGAUACUUCCUGUUAGUGUAUCUGUGUAGCAGGCAUACACUUGUUUAAAAAAGUUAGAAAAAGCCUCAUUAAUGCUUUUUGUUAUUUAUACAGGUUUUCUAUAUUAUUUUUUUGGCAGGGGGUUGUGCUUUUUUGCUGUUAGUACAGAUUAGGUCGUAAACAUUUUUACUAAUCUUCUGACCUUUGACUGACACUGUGUUAAGCUGUUAACAAGUAAGGUUCACUUUUAUGAACACGAUGCACUUAUUUUUUUUGUGAUUUGAACAGUAACAGGUUUCUAUGAAAUACAAUUUUGAAGAUUCUCACUACUUUUCCUAUUAUCUUAGUCGAAUUAAGCAGUUUAUUUUGUCCCCGGAAGACAAGGAUAGAAACUUACUAUAAUCCUAAUAAACUAUGGGAGACAUUAACAUAGUUGAGAAUGUUUGUAAUUUGAGAGUUACAGGCAAACAGAACAUUCAUUGAACAAUAUUGGUUUACAUCCAGAUUUAGGCACAUUCAGCUGAGCUGCUAGAAAUGGAUUUCCCUGUCUGCUCUUCUCCACAGCACCCCGUAAACAUGGUACACAGAGGGCCAGCCGAUGGAGUGGGGUGGUUUGUGGUGCACUGGCUUUGCUUAUACAUGCUUAAAUCUGGAUCUGGCCCAGUGCAUUUUGACCAACUACUCAAAAGUGUAUGCUUAAACUCAGGUACUAAGCCAUAGCUUGGAUAUUUUAUUUGCUAGCCUUGCUAUAUUUACAAAUGGUUUUCUUUGCUUUUUAAGGCUUAAUAGUCCAUUUAUCUAUAAACCUAACAGGUUUUUACGAACAUAGCUGCAGAGUUCUAUACAGCGCAAUCCUUUGUCGUAAAAGACUGUGGUGCAGUUUUGAUUGAUUACUUGAUUUUUCAGAACUAAACAAAAGCUGCUACAAACAUGCUGCAACAGAACCUGCUUCAAGAUUCCAAGGGCUAGGACAUAAUUGUCAUCAGCCUCUAGCACUGUGUGCCACUGGCACAAGGCUGACUUGUUUCCCUUGUGCACCUUUCAACAGUACAGGUUUGCUCUGGCAAAUCCCUUAAAUAACAGCAGGUGAGCUUUCUUUUAAAGCUGAGUCAGAGUUAUAUGGCUGUUAAUUUUUCAUAGGAUGCUUCUCCAGCUAUUCAGAUAUUAGCCUUGCAUGGUGCUGCAGUGACUGAAGUUUAAGACAAAUGUGCUUCAAUAUACCCCAAGAAAUUAUUGGGAUUGUUGUCAUUGUCUGUUCAAACUGUCUCCAUUAAAAUAGCAGGGACACAAGAAAGGCCAAUGCUUGCAUUUGCUGAAGAGGGAUUGGCUUCUAGACAGAUAAUCCUACUACAUUAUAGUUACUCAUGGGUCUUGGGUUUUCUUGCAGUCAUGGAAUAACUGUUACGUUUUCCAUACAUAGCCACUGCUUUUCAAUAUUAUAUGUAGUUGCUGUCACUAACAUGUAGUUUAUUUUCAUUAAAUUUUGGAACAUGGAGAUGUGAUCAUUGCUGACUUGACACCCAAUAUUGCUUAAGUAUAAAAUCAAAGUUAUAGGCUGUCUUUAGAUGAGUAAGUCAAUUGUAGAAAUUGCCUAUGGAGAAAUUUUUAUGUAUAUAUAUUUAUAUAUGGAUAAGUGUUUUGUAAAAAUACUUACCACUUGAAUCCUUACCUUCAGGUUUAGCCUUCUUGCUUUUUGGAAUGGAAUAGUUUCUGCUGCAAUUUUCCAUUAUGAAAAGCAAGCGAGAAUAGAUGUGGGUUUAAUUGAGGAUUUGCUUAAGGAAUCUUCAAGACUUAUCUCUGUUGUAUUUCUCCAAGAUUACCUGUUGCAUUUUAAUAUUUGGCAAAUAUUUAUUUUAAACAAUGCUGCAUAAGCUUAAUUUUAGCUGUUUUUAUAAGGACAAUUUCUGCAUAUUUUGAUGAUGAAAAGGGCACAUCUGCCUUCUAGUUGGCUUGAUAAAACCUGUCUUCCUUCCCAGGGAAAUCAGUGGGAGUUUAAAGUUUCAGCAUUUUGGUGGCUUGGGGAGUUUUAGAAAGUUAUUUCAGGUGCUUUUAGCAACACAGCAUUAAAAUACGUCCAGUGUGAAUAAAAGAAAAUUUCUGUUGAUCCAAAGUAGUGUGACGCUAAAAGGAAUCAUGAGUUUUUGACUGAUCAUGAGCACAGAAUUUACUGCUUUGGUGUAGCAUGUAUAAAAGAUUGAUUAGAUCUGGGUGCAAUAUGCUACCUGAAUGCAUCCUCAGGAACACAUGACUUGUAAGUGCCAUAAUUUCACAGGAAAACCACAUUUUCAAAAGGAAAAAAGAAAGAACAAACUUCGGAAUGAUUAGAGUGUUUAUCUAUGCCAAGGAUGAGCAUUCAUAAUAGGAUAGGAGAAUAGAUGAUGACCUAUCCAUCUUUCCACGGCCACAUUACCUAAAAGAGGUGUGGCCAUGCCAUUGUGCCAAGAGCAGGUAGGUUAAGUUGCUCAGCUUGGCUCUACUUGUCCAGUUCAUGUGGGAAAGCAAGGAAUGAGUUAAGGCCGGUCAUGUGGAGAUGAAUGUGGAACUGCUGCUCUUCCAAACUCCUUGAUCAGAAAUACCAAGAUGACACUUUCCCUUUCUUCCCCUGAAGCCCCUUGUGGUUUCCAAGCUAGGGAAAGGGGUUCUGGGAGGGAAAGGAGCAGAACUCACAGAGGGACUGGGUGGGUAACUUCUGCAGGCCGGAGGCUGCCACCCAUAAUCUGGCAGGAGAGCUUGAAAAAUCAUACCCACAAAGGAACCUCUGGUUGAAUAUAUGUUUUAAUGAACAUUUUUGUUUUUCUUCUGUGCUAUGCCUGCAUGUAACAACUUAAAUGUGACUAUGUACAAAUAUAUACUAGUGUGUAGCCUUUCUCAUCUUUACCAUACUCAGCAGUUCAUUCUGUUUAAUAUAUUUAGUUUGUAUGGAACACUGUAUGAGGCUUUGGUUAGCUUCUGCAGAGUUAUGUGUAAUUAGUUUGUGUAUAUAUGCAGAAAAAAUUGUGGCACUAUACAGACUUAGACCUGAAGGAAAGUAUUGUUGCUUUUGCCAGGAGGAAGGAAGAGUAAGCUAUGGGAAUGUUCAGAUUAAUAAAACAAUGCAAUUUUAAUUGGCUUCUUUUGGACUGCCACCAGAUUCUGAAAACAUGGUGUUACAUGUGUGUUCAUUGGUGUGUGAAAGAGAGAUGGGUUUGAUAUGUAUAUGAUUGUUCUAGCUUCUUGAAACCUGAGUCAAACUUAUAAAAGGGCAAUAACAUAGAGUUCAUUUUUUCGCAGCUCUACAGCUUCUGCUGCUGACUUGCCACCUGUGCAUCCAAAGGCCCCAAGCCAACUACUUUAGCCAUUUCAUAGUAAAGUUUGAAAAGGGAAUUGGGAUAUACUUCUAGCUUUCUUUCUGCCCCAAUGCAACUGACAAAUGGGAAAAUGAGCAGCUCUUUACCCAACCUCCAACAAUGGUGCUGAUAGUGAUAGUGUGCUGAUACAAGUGCUUUCCUCUCUCCCUGCAUCUCACAUUUUUUAAAAUCAUGGCAGCAUUGGGCCCACUCCAGAAAACAUCUUAAAUAGUGCAUUAUGGCUUUUCAUUGCCCUGUAAGCAGUCUUAUAAUUGUUUCUACAUUUCAAUGUUCUAAUCAGGAGUUUUGCUGGCGUUUGCUACUCUCCAGAAUAAAAUGUAUUAGUCUUCAAAGUGCCACAAGACAGAUUUUUUUUUUGUAUCUUCAUCUUUACCCCUCAAAAUACCUGAAUCUGAGAACAUGGUGUACUGGUAAUGAUGCAUUAGCAUUGACAAAUGGAGUGAGUUGUAUGUAUGACCUACAUAGCCAUGUGAUGUAAUGCUGCUCUUACUGGAAUAACUAAUAACACUUCCACAUCUUCAAAAGGACUGAGGGAAAGUGCUCUUAAGAGGAAUUUAAUUUUUAUACAUUUCUGGCUAUGAAAUGCUUUCACUGCAGUUCACAAAGUUAACACAAUUACAAGCUGGAUAAUUGUAAUUUGCUCAAUUUUCAGGAGAAAAUGGACAUGUCAUUUGCAGUAGACUUAAAGCGUGAUACAACUUUUCUAAUGUUUUUCUAAAAGAAGAAAAAAUGAAAAUAGCUUGCAUGCUACAAUUUUUGAAAAUUUACAGUUGCGAGUAACUUGUCUUGGUGUGACUGAAUAAAGAUGUUUUCUGAA